UGCCGUUGUUUUUCAAAGCUUUGCCCUCUUGGAUUCUCUAUUCUUUGCCCACACUUUGUACGGACACAGUGAACAUUUACAGUGACUGGGCACAAACACAAAGCUCUCAGUGUCAGCUCAGUCUCUCAUCCCAUCAUGACUCCCAGGUCUGUGCUCCUUAUUCUGGCAGCUCUGAUUGCAACCUGCGCUCAGUUUACAGAAACUGUCAGCACGGCGAGAGAAAAUGGACAAUCAACAGAAACACCUGAAAGGACGGACAAUUACAUGGCGUUACUCUGCUCACCGACACCUGCAGCCUUGUCUCCAUCGACCUCAGUCGACGCUCUCAGACCGGCUGAGCUCUCGGCUGUUUACACCUUGGGAUUGCCGCUCAUUCACAGGCAGGAAGCGUCCACAGUGGUCCGUAGAUUAGCUGAGUUGCUGUCCAUGUUUACUCCUGAUAUCAUCACUCAUGGUGUGGAUCAGACCUUAUUACAGCCCAGGAGUUUGUUGGAGGAAGCUGAAGAACUGUCUCUGUCCCUGUCACAUCAGGUCUCGGACUGGAAGUUUGUGCUGCUGCUUGUCUCUGCAGAUUCCACGUGUGCCUGUUCGCCACAUGCUGCUGCAGAUGUUGAAGCUGUGGUUCGGGAUGUGGAGGCAGCUGUGCAGACAUUACAAAGAACGAUGCACCGUGCUUUGGUUCAUGUCGCAGUGUGGAGCGCACACCAUCAGCACAACAAGUGUGAAUGUAUGAAAGAUGAAGGCAUUAAUCAAGGCCUACACAAAGCGACUCUUCUUAAAACCCUGCAGGACUCUUUAAGUCACAUCCUGGGACAAAAAAGCAAACGCGGAGACUUCGCUGUCGUGUUACACUCAGCUCCAGUCGUCCUUGAACCCAACUCAGACUCUGACGACAUGGACAAACUCGCUGUUCAGUUAUGGACAAACAUGCUUCAGCCAAUGACAGGUCAGACUGAGGUCAUGGACAAAGGUGUCGUUACUAUUCCUUGCCCCACCGAGGAUAAACCUUUCCUGCGGACGCAGAUUAAUUCCCCUAAUGAUGGAGACAACAACAAACCUUCAACAGCCUCUGCUGUUAUGGGGACUGAGAUGCCCUGUACAGACCGCAGUCCUUCUCCUACGACACCUGCUUCAGUUCAUGAACUCAGACCUGCAGAUAUCAAGGUGGUGGCAGCACUCGGCGACUCCCUGACUGCAGCCAAUGGUGUUGGUGCAAAGGCAGACAACCUUCUGUUAGUGAUUAAUGAAUACAGAGGACUUUCAUGGAGCAUCGGCGGUGAUAAAAACAUCACCAGUGUAACCACGCUGCCAAACAUACUGAGGGAGUUUAACCCCUCCCUGACCGGCUUCUCUCGGGGCAUAGGGAACCAGAACAACCCCAGGGCUUUUCUCAAUCAGGCUGUGGCAGGAGCCAAGAGUGGCGAUACGGUGCAACAGGUGCGCGUCCUAGUGGACAAGAUGAAGAAAGAUUUGCGCAUUGAUUUUCACAAUGACUGGAAAGUGAUCACCGUAUUUAUUGGAGGCAAUGACAUAUGCGAUUUCUGCACAGACUCCAUCAUUUUUUCGCCCAGGAAUAUGAUCAGUCAUAUCCGCCAGGCUCUGGACAUCCUCCACAGUGAAGUGCCCCGUGCCAUUGUCAAUCUGGUCGAGCUGUUAAACAUCGUCCCACUGCGGGAUCUGCACAAAGAUAGCUCUCUAGGCUGUCCCUCCUGGUUUGUGAAGUUAGUCUGCCCGUGCAUACUGAAGGCUAAAGAGGGAUCCUCUGAACUCCAGAAGGUCAAUGACUUCAACCGAGCUUAUCAGCACGCUAUGAGGGAGCUGGUUGAUUCUGGACGAUAUGACACUCAUGACAAUUUCACUGUGGUGCUGCAGCCUUUCUUCAGAGAGGUUUUCCUUCCCAUACUAGAAGAUGGCCGGCCUGAUCGCUCCUUCUUUUCACCCGACUGUUUCCAUCUCAGCCAGAAAGCUCACACACUCAUGGCUCGUGCACUUUGGAACAACAUGUUAGAGCCAGUGGGAAACAAGACUUUUACACAAGACUUCACAGCCGGCAUUGAUUUGAAGUGUCCCUCUGAGUCCGUCCCAUUCUUCCGGACUGCUGUCAAUAGCAACUACACCUUUCCUGGCCCUCCACCCACUUCUGCUCCAGUUACAAACUGGGGCAGUGAUUUCUCUUGUGUGAACACAGCUGCGUCGGACUCUGCGCCCACGUCAGCUCACAGGUUACGACCUGCAGACAUCAAGGUGGUUGCCGCUCUGGGAGAUUCUAUAACAGCUGGGUUUGGCGCAAAGGCAAAGAAUCUGCUGGACCUCAAAACCGAGUACAAAGGAGUGUCCUGGAGCAUUGGAGGGGAUGAAACUCUUGAGACGGUUACAACAUUACCAAAUAUCCUGAAGAAGUUCAAUCCUCGAAUCAAAGGAGUGUCAACGGGUCAGGGAAAAGGACCGAAUGGCUUUAAUGUGGCUGUAUCAGGGGCUAAAGUGGCAGGAAUCCCAGCACAGGUCCGACGCCUCAUUGAUGCCAUUAAAAACGACUCGUCGGUGGACUUUCAGAAUGACUGGAAGCUGGUGACCCUCUUCAUAGGAGGCAACGACCUGUGUCAGUACUGCCACGACCGGGCCUCUUUGUCACCUCAGAACUACAGCCAUCACUUGAGGACAAGCUUGGAUAUUUUGUACAAUGAGGUUCCCAGGACAAUAGUCAAUGUCUUGGAGAUCUUGGAAGUUGAAGGCCUGCGCAGAAUCAAAAGGGACAGUCUUGGGUGCAGUGUGUUGCAAAAGUUUGUCUGCUCGUGCUUCUUGGAACCAGAAGAAGAUUCCCCAGAGCUGGCUGAAGUAAAACGGAUCAAUCGUGAUCUACAGACUGAGACAGAAACACUGGUGUACGGAGGCCGCUAUGACGGCAGGGAGGACUUUGCUGUGGUUGUGCAGCCCUUUUUAAAAAACACAAUUGUUCCUUUGGAUCUUGAUGGCAGACCUGAUACCACCUACUUUUCCGAGGACUGUUUCCAUUUUAGUGAACGGGGACAUGCUGACAUGGCCGUAGCUCUGUGGAAUAACAUGUUGGAACCAGUGGGUAGAAAACAGACAUACAACAAUUUUACAAAUGCCAGAAAUAUCAUCAAAUGCCCCACUGAGGAGCAUCCAUACAUCUUCACCAGGGUGAACAGCCUGCCCCCUCCAACCUCCACUUCAGCACCAAACACCCACAACACUUCUGAGCCACUCAGCCCUAACUGUUCAGACAAUGUGCCAGUGUGGCUCGCCGCCAUUCUGCCAAUUGUUGGUCUUCUGAUUGGCUGUGCUGUCACCUGGCUCUUCCUCUCCUGCAGAGCCAAGAGGAGCAAGAGGUUGAUGGCGGCAGUGGAGAUGAGGGGCACUGGGUUUUAGAGUGCCACUUACACUGACUAGGCAUCAUUUUUAAAUGAUUGUGGAAAGCACAUUAUUUAUUGUGAUAAGACGCCCAGAGAAACUGUCACCACAGAAAAUACUGAUGGCCUCUCCAAAGCAUUACUGAAAUCAAAGUAUGUUGAAGUAUUUUAUAUUGAUUCUCUUUACAAAUCUGUUUAUCACUUGUAAGGGAGAUUUAAAGUGUUGUAGCUGGUCUAACAACUGAGGUAAGGAUACAAAAACAAGCCAGAACCUAACAUAAAUUUAGUGUACAAUGGUAAAGACUGAACUUGUUAACUGGACGUUAACUUAUUUCUGCUGUGUUGUAUAUUUAAUUUCAUUAAAAGAGAAAAUGUGUUUAAAAUCAUUUGAAUUUCCAAAUAAAUGCAUACACCACUAUUCAGAAAAAUUUAAUAUUUAGGGUGAGCUGAGCUGCUCUGUAUUUUUUUUUUGAAGCUCAUCAUUUACAACAGUUCAUACAGAGUGUGUGAGUAAUGUCCGUGGGUGAGACUGGGUUAAUGGUGUCAUGGGUUUGUUGAAUGGUAUCUAUUUUAGAUAGACAUGAAAUGUAGCAUGCCAUCCAUGUCAUAAAUGACACAAUGCAGAGAGCGCCCAUGCACUCUCAAAGCACACAUCACUCUGUGUUUAUUAGCUUUAUCAGCAAAAUGCUGGUACUGAUAAAACAUAAAAGUGGUUGAUUUAUGACCGUCUUACCGAGAUGAAAGCCACCGGCAGCUCCUGUUCACGGUGUGUCUCUUGUUGACUUUUAUAAUGCCAUUGUUUGACGCAGUCAUAGUGGCGUGAAUUAUGUUGAAUUACAUUAUAUAUUUUUCCAUAUUAUUCUGCCCUGUGGCUCUACAGUGAGGGGAAUGUUUACAUUUAUCUGGAUAAUGUAAUUCAUGGCAUUGUAAUUGUUACCUUAACAAUAAGCACAUCAUAUAAUAUGAUUUAUAAUUUCAGCUAAAUCUGGAUAUUGUAAAGCUGAUUAAGAUGGAAUCAUAAAAUUUGGUUUCAUCACAGUUGCUCCAGCCAAGAAUAUAAAUAUGUACAGGACAAAGACACAUGUGUUCCUUAUAAAAGGAUCGCUCAGUGGGAUACCUCAGAGGGAAAAGAUUUUAUAUGAUCUUGAGUUUUUGUAUUCCAUUUACAUCCUCAGACAACAGGUGGAAUAGACCCGUUUUCGUAAGAACCUUGAAAAAUUCCUUUUCCACUUGUUUUUUACAAGGCUGAUGUUUGUUGUGCACAGUCCACGUCUAAAUAAAAUCACAUUACACUA